UCUGAACAAGUUUUCAGUAAUUUGCUGUAUUCUGCUGAUUUGCACUGAAGUAUCUCGCCCACACUCCUCCCAUCCUGUGUCAGUGGGCGGUUCUCAGUAAUGAGCAGUGUUCAGUUACACUUGUUUGACACACUCCAGAGCUUUUCUGUUUCCUAUUUCAGUAGAGCACAAGAGUUGCCUUAGCUAAUGCUAUCAAAAGCUUAGUACAGCAGCAGGAGCACACUUCAAUUCCCCAGCUGCUAAGCGCUGGAGAAGCUGAGUGGGGGGAAGACUUAGCUUUGCUUUUAUAUUUUGUAGAGCAACAGAAUCAGCGGUGACAUCCGAAACUGCUUCUCCUUCAGCCACAAUGGUGGCAAAGGAUUAUCCAUUCUAUCUCACAGUCAAGAGAGCGAACUGUGGAUUGGAUGUACAGACAGCAAGUGUUUCAGCAAGAGAGACAGAGGAGCCCAGCAAUAAACGGGUCAGGCCUCUUUCUAGAGUAACAUCACUAGCAAGCUUAAUUCCUCCUGUCCGAGCAACUCCUUUGAAGCGAUUUGGUCAGACUCUUCAGCGUUCCAUCAGUUUCCGCAGUGACAGUCGGCCUGAUCUGCUUGCUUCACGUGCCUGGACUAGAAAUGUACUCCCUGCUAGCACCAAGCGAAGAGACAGUAAACUCUGGAGUGAGACCUUUGAUGUUUGUGUCAAUCAGAUGCUCACAUCCAAAGAAAUCAAGCGCCAAGAGGCUAUUUUUGAACUUUCACAAGGGGAAGAAGACUUGAUAGAAGACUUGAAGUUAGCAAAGAAGGCUUACCAUGACCCAAUGCUUAAGCUCUCUAUAAUGUCAGAACAAGAAUUAAACCAAAUUUUUGGGACGCUGGACUCUUUAAUUCCUCUGCAUGAAGAUCUUCUUACGAGACUGAAAGAAAUCAGGAAGCCUGAUGGAUCUACAGACUCAGUUGGUCACAUCCUUGUUUGUUGGCUGCCUUGCCUGAAUUCCUAUGAUAGCUAUUGCAGCAACCAAGUAGCUGCCAAAGCUUUGCUGGACCAUAAGAAGCAGGAUCAUCGGGUGCAAGAUUUCCUCCAGCGUUGUCUAGAGUCACCUUUCAGCCGCAAACUGGACCUAUGGAAUUUCCUUGACAUUCCAAGAAGCCGUCUGGUGAAGUACCCAUUGCUGCUCAGAGAGAUUCUGAGACACACGCCAAAUGACAAUCCAGACCAACAGCACCUUGAAGAAGCCAUUAAUAUUGUCCAAGGCAUAGUGGCGGAAAUCAACAAAAAGACUGGUGAAUCUGAAUGCCAGUAUUACAAAGAGAGGCUCAUAUAUCUUGAUGAAGGCCAAAAGGACUCUCAGAUAGAUGAUUCACGUGUUGUGUGUUGUCAUGGUGAACUAAAGAACAACAGGGGGGCGAAGCUGCAUGUCUUUCUCUUCCAAGAAGUGCUGGUAAUUACUCGAGCUGUUACACAGAAUGAACAACUCUGCUACCAGCUGUAUCGGCAGCCCAUUCCUGUGAAGGAUCUUGUGCUGGAAGAUUUGCAAGAUGGAGAAGUCCGAUUGGGUGGAUCCAUACGUGGUGCAUUUAGCAACAAUGAGAGAAUUAAAAACUUCUUUAGAGUCAGCUUCAAAAACGGAUCUCAAGCCCAGUCCCAUUCAUUACAAGCAAAUGAUGCCUUCAACAAACAGCAGUGGCUCAACUGUAUUCGUCAAGCCAAAGAAUCAGUUUUGUGCACUUCAGGCCAGGGUGGAAUACCCGAUUCCAAAGGACCCUUACUAACAUCAUCAAGUAAGAACAGAGUACCCCGGCAGGAGUCAAAGCUGGAGCAAAUGGACCAAUCAGACAGUGGUUCUGACUGUAGUAUGGACACCAGUGAACUCAGCAUUGAAUGUGACCACAUGGAACAGACAGACACUUGGGAGAAUAACAAAGCAUUAGAAAGCAAUGUCUGACAAAAACUUCAGAGAUGUUCUGUGUUUUACCUGUACAGUAUCGGCAUUCCAUAUAUGGAGCAAGAAGCACUUUUUAAUAUUUUUGUGACAAUGUCAAUUCAGUCUCUAUUAUAUUUGUAUCUUUUACCACAGUACUGUAACUGCCAGUGUGAGUAAUUUAGAAUGUAUGGCAAUUAUAAUCUUGUAAUAUUCUUUAAAUGUCUCAGUGGCUGAGAGUGGUACUUGAUCAAUUACUUAAAAUGUUCUGGUGGUAGAUAUGAUCUCUAAACUACUGUCUUUAUGCAUAUUACAUAACAAGUGUCUGUUUAUAAAGUGCCCUAAUUUGAUCUCUUACAUGGCAGCUGACCACAAGGUAUCUAACAAAGCUUUUAAAGAAGGUUAUCAAAGCCAGAAAUUUGUUGCAAAUGGCACACAGGUCUCAAAAAACUUGAAAGGCUAAACGAAUGGUCUCAUUACUGGAUGACUUGGCUUGUACAUUAAGUGACCACUUGUAUGUGUGAGUGAGCCAUCGCAGAUGGAACUUUAAUUUCACCUCAGACAUAAUGCUUUUCAAUGGAGAGUCCAUUCACAAAGUGAUGUGAAAUCAAGUGAUGUGCAAGCAUUUGUGGAAAAGCUCUGUGUUUUAGGAUAAGCUAAGGUAGCUACCCUUACCUUAGUCAGCAGGCUUCUUGAAAUAUUGGGCCUGUUCAGACCACAUGCUAAGCCAUGGUUAGGCUGCUAAUCCUUUUGCAGCAAAUGGUUAGUGAGCGUAUUUGAACUGUGGUUAUGUAGCCACUAUGGUUAGGAAUGGUUCACACGACAUGUUAAGUCAUAGUUCGCACGACACGCCAUAAUUUUUAGCACAGAAUGGCUUAGUGUGUCAUCUGAACAGGGUUACAGAUAGAUUCCUGAGUCCUUAUGGAAAAGACAAGAUCCAUGCAUUUAACAGUUAAGUUCUGGCUAGUGCAGAGUAUAUAUUCUCUCAC